CACGCCUUAACCCGGCUGGUGGACAUGCAGAGGCAGGCUGUGCACCACGUGUCUCGUUUCGAUGGACACGAGGCGUGUCUGUAUCACUGGACGUCGCCGUGCUUCCGCUACGUCGGGGUGGCCAGGCGCGAUAGAGUAAAUCGAGGCGACCGCCCUGGGGUCAUUCAGCGCCGGCUGGAACAACUUACCUUCACCCACAACAAAAGCCUGCCAGGCGCUCACAAGUUACGGUAUAAGUUCGCCCAGCGUCAGCCGCUGGGCCGCUCCAUGUUCCACGCUGUGCAGACAAUCGACGUGGGCAGCAUUUUCAACCGCGAGCGCGAGCUGAUUCGACAGUGUCGGCCUUCGGCCAACGGUGCCCCCAAGGCCAUCGGCAAGCCUCGCUCGGCCAUGCCCCGGAGAAGGCCACCUCGAAAUGUCAAGUCUAGGCUGCUGCCACCUACGUGCCGCGAGCUGGAACGUCUUGGCCCAGUUCCAGGCCGCGGGCCCCAUGCAACCCAUCCGGACAUCGGCGGGACUGCAUGUUCCGCCGAGGUGUCCCCAGGGGAACUCGGGAGGCUCACUUUUGUGGACGCCUACCGUCGGGUGAGCCGACACGUUGCCGAUGGCAGCGGCGUGCGGGGGCCAGUCGACACUUUCUGUCAACAGUGGCGCAUGCUUCUGCUUCUUUGGUUCGGCAGCCAAGGGAUGCAUCCACCGUGGCCCUUGCUUGAGGGCAGGCUCGGCGAUGCCGAUGUGGUGCUAUUCCUCUUGCCCAUGACAGUCUCGAUCGUGAGACCGCGCGCCCCGGCCCUUGCUAGGAGGCGCUUGCGAAGCCGAUUGCGCAUGCUUGGCCUCCCCGGGCUGACCGUGCACCAGGCGGCGGUCGCAGCGCCUCUCGCCCCCCAGGAUCGCACGCUGAUCCACCGCAUUGUUUGGCCCCACAGGGCGUUGUCAGCGGCUCAGACAUGGCGGUGGCUGAAGCAGGCUUCGGUCGUAGCCGAACCAAUUCCCAAGUGGAAUGACCGCAUCAACGCUCCCGCUGUGAGCAGCCGCGCUUGCAUUGCCAAAGCCUUCGAGUGGAGUGAUUCCCAAUGGGGCCGGCGGGCGCAGGUGGGCGCCCCCUUGGGGAUCCAAUUCUGCAUGUCCCCCGCCGUGCGCUCCUUCGAGCGGCCGAGGGACAAGGAUUGGGACAAGUAUUGCGAGCUCACCGCCCACCUGGAUAAUGUUCCGCCCGACCAUGUGGUCACAAGAGAUGACAAGCAGAAUCGGCGGUGCUGGCACCUCCCGGAGUCGUACUACAUUGCAGCGCUCAUCCUGUACAUUGUGAGUUCACCGCGUUGGUUCUUCAGCAAGUUCGCUCCGGAUACUGCGUCGGCCGUGGUUUUGAAUGUUCUCAAGCUCUUGGUCCCGAACCGUUUGCACUCCAUGUUCAGGCUGGGGGAACGGAUUGAUUGGCUGCCGUGCUUGUACACCACGCUCAAGAGUAAAUGCUACGACG